AUGCGACCCGGCACGAUAUGGUUACUUUUUCUAUGCUUUACUUGCAAAAUCACCGCCCAGGAUCUUCGCCAGUUUGAUAGCGAUGAUCGGAAAGUGAUGCGAAUCUUCGGCUCCUCAUCACCAGCUGGAGGUGGAAGGCAAGACGAUGCCGGGGAGGUCGUCGACAAAGAGAGCAUCUACCAGCAAGGGUACCAUAUUUUCAGAUAUAAUAACCUGGUAGAACGUUUU